AUGUCAGUACUUCCGUACGCACCGGCCGGGAUGUCAAACUUCGAGGACGCUCUGCUGAAGACGGGAUGGGGUCUCUACAGCAAGUUCCUGGUCGGAUUCACCGCCUCCUGCUUCUUCGCAAAUGCGAUGGCCUUCAUGAGUCUGCACAUUUACAUGCCCCUUAUCACGUGCGACAUCGCGAUGUCCGAGAACACGAUCCUCAACAUCCACGUAUCCACUUCUUUGGGCAUGGCAUUCGGAGGUUUCUUCUUGAGCAGCACUUCCGAUGUUGUCGGCCGCAAGGGUAUCAUCUCCCUUAGCUUAAUGUUCGUGUUUAUCGGCGCUUUGGCAUCCAGUUUCACUUUCGGCAUCUUCACCAUAAUGUUUGCCCAAUUCGCACUUGGAACAGGGUUAGUGGCAAAUUGGAAUGUGACGAAAAUUCUAUUGAUCGAGGUUUUACCCAUUUACAAGCGAUCGAAAAGCAUAAUAUUCUUAGAUAUCUUCGCGAGAUUGGGAACGAUCGUCGCUGUCCUAAUUUCAUUUAGCUGUAUGCCAGUGGUGAUCGAAUACAGAGGUAGUUCUGCUCGUUUGGUCAGCUGGAGAUUGCUGUACGGCUUUACAGGCUUCAUCAGCGUCUUCACAGCCUGUGUAUCGGCCUUAAUACUGGAAAGUCCAAGAUAUUUGGUCUACGAGAAUAGACCAGCUCAAGCUAUCUUCAUACUUAGCGAAAUCUUUGCCAUCAACAAAUCGAAGCUUGCCACAGGAUAUCCGUUAACUGACGUGGAUCUUCAGGGCAAGAUUGCGAAUUUCGGAAUAAACACUGAAAGAGACAUACCGCAUACGUUCUCCUCGAGGAGGUGUUUUAUAAUACUGAAGCGCGUGAGGAAAUCGAUGAUUAUUUUGAUGACUAAACAAUUCUGCGGAUCAAUCAUGCUCUGUUCGAUUCUGAAAUUGGCCACUUGUUUGGGUUUGUUCCUGUUAAUGAUGAUGUUGACAAAGACGAUGGUCUAUAAUGAUGCGUGCCUCCUCGACGGGAUGAAUUGGCUGCAUUUCGAGCAUCCGCUCUACAGGGACUGCAAGGAUUACAACGUCGACAUCAGCAUGUAUAGAGAUUUCCUAGUGCUCGCAUCCGUGAGCGUCGUCGGACACGUGAUGACCAUCGUCUUCGUUUCGUACGUGGACCGGAAAUAUCUGGUCUUUUCUGGGUUAUUUUUAUCAGGACUCCUGAUGUUGUCCUUGUCUUUCAUCGGGUCCAGCUACACGGCCCGAUUUGUCAUCUCGUGCGUCGCGGUCAUCGGAUUCGCCACAGCUGAUUCGGCGCUCAAUGUUUUGACUAUAGAAAUGUUCCCCACUGCAAUAAGAGGAACUUCUUUAGGCGAAAUUGAAAUUUUGAAGCAUGUGGCUGUGACGCUUCUGGAACGGUUCAUGGUAGUACAGUGUAAAUGGAUAUUCGUAGUCUUUGCAGCACUUCUUGAAGUUGGUGCAAUAUUUUCUCUGGCUUUACCGAAACUGAAGAAACGCGCUCUGUAUGAUUAAUGGCGUGGAUUGACCAGGAGCUGCAGGGAUCACAGACGCUGCUGCAUAAAUAACA